AUGAAAGAAGCAGAAGAGCUGUCUUGGACAAAGAAAAGACGCUGGCUAAGACAAAGAAAAGACACGGUCUCAGACUGUCUUGCAGACAACCUGCAAGGCCUGCAAACAACAGCAAAGACAUGUAGAACCACUCCCAUCGGUUUAGUCUCUAUCCUGUUCUCUAUGUCCUUCACUUUUUCGCCUAACCAAAAGCAUCAAGAAUGGAUUGUGGGUGGCGUAAGCAUGCAAAGAAGAUUACUAUUCGGCAUUGCGUCGAUUCACGAGCGCUCCAUUCAGCUUUCAGCGAUCCCAUUGUUUUCGGAAAUAGACACUCCCGUUCUCGUCCAAUUCCGAAACUCCCGUUGUCUUCAGAGGUCGACAAUCCAAUUACACUGUUAUACUCACACUUCGACAAUCCGAUCAUCUCCUGCACUUGAACGCCAACCUUUCACCUACAGCUCUUUAAAACGCAGCCUCUUCUCUAACACAGUGCGUGAAGACAUCAAGCCCUCACACAUUAUAUCAAAAGCCUCUGAACACGACUUUGCGUCUACUGACGCCAACAAACAACCACCGAAAUGGACUCUGACAGUUUCUCCGACUACUCAGGAGACAGCAUCUCAGAAUCCGACAUCCAAGGGCUCACGAUGGACCGUGGGCGCCCAAUCCCGGCGGGCUCCACCAUCGUUAUCCGAACUUCGACUGGCCGCCUGCGCAGGUGGAAUGGCCCCGCGAAUCGUCGCCGUGCCGGUCUACGCACCACAGCAACCAGAGCAGGUCAACCGCGGCGAUGCUGGCGAGCUGGACGACCUCUACAGCGACCACGAAGAAGACGAGGCCCAGCAGACAACUCAGACCACCACCACAGCUCCUCAGCGAACAGCGCAAGCACCAAGACCAGCAGGCAAGGCCCUCCCGUCGAACGGUCCUCCACUCACAGGACCUUGGCUGCGACUGGCAAGACGGACGGCCUUGCACGCGCUGCUGACAACACCACUCGCAGCAGGCCCAAAGGCAAGCGAGGCGGUGGAGGCGGCGGUCCUGGUCCUGCAGGUCACAAGAAGCGUGGACCUGGUCGUCCACCGAAGGUCGCGGCAGCGUCUUAGGGAGGCUGCGAUCUUGACCUGGUAUGAUGCUGAGGAGAUGGAAAUAUGGGCGACUUGCUUUGGCCAUGAAUUGAAUUUUUUGUUUCCGCGCAUUGAUCCUUUCCAUGAGAUGUUGAGUGAUCUGAAGGAAAGUGGUGGCUUCUUGACUGUUGGCUUGCAUUUAGUAAUGAUGACUUUGCUCGAAGAUGAGAUUGAAUGGCAAAUAGGCCUGAUGGAGAGAGAUCAGAUCAAAGAUCGUCGCCACUUGCUUUCGUUUUUCUUGUCUUAA